AUGAAUAAAGUCCAAUUUUUCACGGGUUUAAAAAUUUCUGUACGAAAAAGAAGAAAUGCAUCCGAUUCUUCUAAAAUCCUUAAACCUUCCGAAACUGACGAAAACUACGAUAUUGUUGUUGACGGUGUUUCUUAUUACUUCAUUAUUGUUAUAAUUUUUGCUAUCGCUUGGUGUAUUCUAUGGUUAUUCAAACUUUAUCUCAUUGCUGCAAUUAUACAUUUAUUCUUAUUUGUUGCUAUAGCAUAUAUAUGUCUUACUAUCGACUUAUAUUAUGAAUCUAAAGGUUUUUUUGAUAAUCUUUUAAUUCGUAAACCAUUCUCUAUGUGGGCUGGUUUCGCUUUAUACACAACAAUUUUAAGUUUUUGGAUUGCAAUCCCCGCUCUCGAUACUGUUUUUCUAUCUGUUAUUGCUUUAAUUAUUUUAAUAAUUGUUGGUUUAUUUGUAGUAGAUUAUUAUCCAUUCAAAGAUUCUAGUUUUUCUAUUGCCAUUCUUUGGGUAUUAAUUGGUAUUUCUUGUUAUCAAGUUAAAGUAAUCCCUGUUUUUACUGUUACUGUAUUAGGCAGCGGUUUGAUUACUGGUGGUAUUUUAAAAUCCAUUUUUGAUUGGUACGAUGAACAGCAAAAUAGCUUAGCUAUGCUUAAUUAA